GUCACAAGUGGGAGAGAAGAUGGAAUACAUGAAGGAGCCCGCAAGUCUCAGCCAGGGAAACAUCCUGUGCUGCCAGUGUGGCACUGCGAUCCCACCAAACCCAGCUAACAUGUGUGUGGUGUGUUUACGGACCCAGGUGGACAUCACUGAAGGAAUCCCUAAGCAGGUCAUUGUUCACUUCUGCAAGCAGUGUGAAAGGUAUCUUCAGCCUCCGGGAACUUGGGUGCAAUGCGCCUUGGAAUCAAGAGAACUUCUAUCAUUGUGCCUUAAAAAAAUAAAAGCUUCCCUCAGCAAGGUACGGUUAAUCGAAGCAGGAUUUGUAUGGACUGAACCACACUCCAAAAGACUUAAAGUAAAGUUGACUGUACAAAAAGAGGUAAUGAACGGUGCAAUUCUUCAACAAGUCUUUGUGAUAGAGUAUGUUGUUCAUUCUCAAAUGUGUGAUGACUGCCAUCGAGUUGAAGCUAAGGACUUCUGGAAAGCAGUGGUUCAAGUCAGACAGAAGACUGUACAUAAAAAGACUUUCUACUACUUGGAGCAGUUGAUUUUGAAACAUAAGCUUCAUCAGAACACUCUUCGGAUCAAAGAGAUCCAUGAUGGCCUGGAUUUCUACUAUGCUUCAAAACAGCACGCUCAGAAGAUGGUGGACUUUCUUCAGUGUACAGUUCCUUGUAGGUCUAAAUCAUCCCAGCGUUUGAUCUCUCAUGACAUUCAUAACAAUACUUACAACUACAAAAGUACUUUUUCUAUGGAGAUUGUCCCUAUAUGCAAGGACAACGUUGUCUGUCUGUCUCCAAAACUGGCUCAGAGCCUUGGGAAUAUGAGCCAAAUCUGCGUCUGCAUCCGGGUAACCAGCACCAUUCACAUUAUUGAUCCUAAUACGCUACAGAUUGCCGAAAUUGACGGAAGCACCUACUGGCGUCAUCCUUUCAACAGCUUGUUCCAGCCAAAGCAGUUAGAGGAAUUUAUUGUCAUGGAUAUCAGCAAAGCCCAUGACAAAAAGCAAAAUGCUGGUGCAGGAAUGAAAUCCAGCAGACAUACACUUGCCGAAGCCUGGGUACAGAAGACAUCAGAGCUGAAUACAGACCAGCAGUAUUUCUGUCACACUCAUCUGGGGCAUCUUUUAAAUCCUGGCGACCUUGUGUUGGGAUUUGACUUGGCAAAUUGCAACCUAAAUGAUGAAUUUGCAAAUAAGAUGAAUCCCCAGACAGUUCCUGAUGUGGUGCUAAUCAAGAAGAGCUACGACCGCACAAAGCGCCAGCGUCGCAGGAACUGGAAAUUGAAAGAACUAGACAGAGACCGAGAAGGCAUGGAUACAGAUGAUGAAAGGCAGUACCAGGACUUCCUGGAAGAUCUUGAAGAAGAUGAGGCCAUUAGAAAAAAUGUCAAUAUUUUUAAAAAUCCAGUUGUUCCAGUGGAGAGCGACACAGACGACGAGGGAGUUCCCCGGAUUAGCCUUGCAGAAAUGUUGGAGGAUCUCCAGAUAUCUCAAGAUUCUACCGGCGGAGAGGGUGCUGAUAUGUUAACAGAAUGAGCUAGGAGAUUUUGUUAACGCGAACAUUUUUC